AAGGAAACGUAGAAGACGCCUAUAUAAGUUAAAUGUAAAAGUGAAACAUCAAAUCGCUCAGAAAUAUGGUCAUCGUUCACAUUAAACACAAAGACGUGAGUCAGUUCUUAUUCGAAACCACCCUGAAAACACCAGUCGAAGAUUUGGUGAAGACGGUAGUAGCAAUUUACAAUGGACGGCUGAAAAUAGACAGAAUUUGCUCGGAAAUCGAUGAGCUCGCAAACCACGGAACUCUGUUUCCUCCGGAAAUCUUGGGGUUGACCGAAGAACAGGUGGAAGAGAUGAACCUGACCGAUCCAUGGGGAGAAAAGUGCCUACCCAGUGGUGGGCACACCUACGAAAAAGAUCCCGUUGGGAGGAGAAACGGUAAAAAGCCAACAAAAGCUAUGCAAGACGUUCUCAAAAAGGCAGUAACGGACGCUAAGGAAAUGAUUUCAAAAAAUCUGGUUUUGCAAGAAAAGUGCCUGACAACAAAAAUAGUUCAAGAAGCCAUUAACUUGUUGAAAGGUGCUGUUACAAUUGUUUACCCUAUGAAGUUACCUCCACAUGAUACCAUAAGAAUGGAAUUCGAAAAUAUCGAAGAUCUUACAGGGACGCAAGCAUCUUUACAAGUUAUAGACCCCACGACCGCUCAAAUUUGGUUCUGUGGAAAGGAAAUGUAUAGGGAUGGAAAAACCGUGGGCGACUACGUCGGUAAAAUAGAAAACUGCAAGGUUAUAAUGAAGAUCUCAAAAAGAGGAGAAGGAGCUCCUGGAAGGGAACCAAUCAUGACUGAAGAGCAAAGGAAAGAAUUGAUGUUGCAUGCUUACAGAAAGCAAGAAGAAUUCAAAAAAUUGGAGAACGACGACGAUGACAGUUAUUUGAAUUCUGAUUGGGCAGAUAGCGGAAAUCUGAAGAAAACUUUCCAUGGCCUCCACAAUAUCUCAUGGAAACCAUGAGGGUUUGGGAUUAAAA